CGUCCGGAUAGCGCAUUCGCUUUCUCCUCUUUAUAGACUUUUUCAAAAUGGCAGCAGCUACGGAUGAGCUGAUUUUACUCGAGCGGGUGUUCCUCCGCUUGGGCUCUGCAGAGACGGAUGAGCAGUUACAGGCAUCAGUCUGCAAAUUUUUACCUCCUGUGUUGCUCAAGUUGUCUAGUGGACAGGAAGGUGUCAGAAAGAAGGUGAUGGAAUUGUUAAUUCAUAUAAACAAAAGAAUAAAGAGCAGGCCUCAAGUACAACUGCCUGUUGAAGCUUUACUCCUGCAAUAUCAAGAUCCAGCUGCUAGUUCAUUUGUAAUUAACUUUACAAUAAUAUAUAUAAAACUGGGAUAUCCUAGAAUGGAGAUGAACAAACAAGCAGAAUUAGUUCCAAGUGUACUGAAUGCCAUUGAAGGAAAACCAUUGUCUCAUCAAGAUAGCUUGAUGUUGAUUAUAAUGCCAGCAUUAGGACAUAUCAAUAUACCAGCGGAUCCUGAUAAACGAGCGUCCCUUCUUGGUUUACAAGAUAAACCUUAUGUAGCAAAGCAACUUACAAAUUUCAUGCUCGAUGUAUUAUUAUUACCAUAUGGAUCUGUGGGACAAACGGAAAAUCAACAAUCCGGUCAGACUAUCGAUUGGUCUCAAUUUGCUGUGCCACCAGGUCUAAGCGAUUACGCAUUUAAAAGAGUUAUUGGCGAGAAUCCGCCUACAGCAGAGCAACUUGAACAGAUAAAACUGGGCAUCGUCAAGUUCCUCGCUGGUGGAUUUUUCUUGGAUACGGAUAUUCUCAUACAUUUGAUUGUAGCAGCUGCAGACACUAGAUUUAGCAUCGCUAAUAUGGCGGAUUUGGAACUAAAAAAAAUAGUUGGCACACUGGACUGGUCUUCAAUGCAAUUAGCAGCUCCGAUUUACACAUUAUUCUUAGGUACUGAUGCGUUAGCCACGCAAAAGGAGGUAAAACCUGAAAUGAAACGGCUACCUGCAAGCACACGAAUUCGUCUCAAGCUUUUACAGUAUCUUUGUCGUGUUACUAAAGCAGGUUUCAUCAUACCGCCAUGCAUACAAGUUAUUUUCGAUUCACUCUAUGGAAAAAAUACGAAUGCAAAGUUGAAAUCAUUGGCACUACAAUUUACAUCAAAUAUCGUACAGCAUUGCAGUCUUGUGCCAUUGACUCGCGUCGCUGGAGUAAUCUUGAAUGGCAUGAUAAAAUUGAUCUCUGAAGGCGAUGACGUACAUAAACCGAUGGCGUAUACAGUUAUUGGACAACUCGGCCAAAGAAUACCAUCUCUGAUAAAUAAAGAUCUAAGUUUAUUACAUAACUUAUUCGAUACACUUGUCUCUACGGACGGUGAGUUACGACGUACAGUGAGGGACGCAUUGAUUUGCGUAACAUCUGCGUUUGUGCUGAAUAAAGAAGAUGAAAGUAAUAUAGCUCUAAUGAAUGCUUUAUUGUCGGUACAUAUUGAAUCGCCGGAAUCAAGCGUAAGAUUUGUAGCAAUGCAUUAUGCCGCAACUGUAUUUCCACCUGAUGACGCACCCUCUCGGUAUCUCUUGUUAUUAGCCUGCGGUGAUAAUAAACAUGAGAUAAGUACAGAAGCUACAAAAGCGCUUUACGGUGUAGUGCAUAAAAACGAGGACAAUCAACAGAUCAGCAGUAAGAUAUUGUUACCCGAGUUUGUGAAAUUAGUAAGUUAUGUUUAUUCGAAAAUGCAAUCAAGAAUGCCUACCGCGAGUAGUGGUAGAAAUACAGACAAGCAGGUACUUCCAUAUAGCAUCGCCACAUUUUCUGAAAUUAUAUCGUAUUUUCGCGUUUGCUUGGCCAGAAGUGCUAAUAUUCCAGCGCGAAAUGAACCAUUACAGCAUCCCUCAGAGCACACUCCUCUGAUCGGACGUUACUUGGAGAAACUAUAUAAAGAUCAACCGGAUAUAUUAAAUAAUUACCUCGAUAUGAUUUUACUCUUGAGUCAUUCUUCUACAGAUCAAGUUUCUUUGAAUGCAUUAUUGGAAGUACUUGGGUCUGUUCCGCAUUAUAUAACAAAAUCAUAUGAAAAAGAAUUGCCGUGGCUCUGUUCCUUGCUCACUUCUGCUAAACAAGACAUACGACAACUAGCCGCAAAAGUGUACGCCGCGAUUACUGGCUAUUUUCCGAGAAAUGAAUUCGAGAAACAUGUGUCGAGUAUUAUGAACAUUAUGAGUAGAAAAAAUUUGGAAGCGCAGCACGGUGCAUUAAUGACAUUGACUUACAUGAUGGAGAGAAAUUUAAUACAACAACGAAAUAACGGGAAUAAUGAGGAUUUGUGCAAUUGGACAACUUAUAACGAUAUUGUGAAAACAAUAUGUAUAUAUCUUCGCGAUAAUGCAAUAUUAUUGAUGGACGCGGCUAUUCAAGCUAUUGGCGUUUUAGGUAGAACAUAUUCUCUACCGUUACCAGCAGAAGGUGAUAAUGAAUUGAAUAAAAAAGCGAUAGUAGAAACGCUUUUUUCCGUAUUGUCUAAUGUCAAAUUAAAUACCAAGAUGAAAGAAAAAGCUGCCCUUUCAUUGGGAUAUUUAUGUGUCGGUGAAUGUUUUCCGCAUACCGCGGACAUCGCAAAAAAAAUCAUAGCGACAGUUAAAGAGACGAAAGAUAUUGAAAUCCACUUAAUUUUGGGAGAAGCUUUGGUUUGUUGCGUUCAAGCACAAGCUUCUCCGGAAGCGAGAGAUGCUUGGACGACUUUAUCCACCGAACAUAUUGUUCCGUACAGUAAGGAGAGUGAUGAAUUAUUAGUACAUGUAUUGAAUGAAUUAUUUAACAUAUAUCAAGUGCCUCACCCAAAUUUACGACAGGCAGUAUGUGUAUGGCUAUUCGCACUUUUGAAACAUAACAUUCAGCGAGAAUGUAUCAAGGAAAGAUUUUCCACAAUUCAUCUUGCGUUUAUAGAUUUUCUUUCAGACGACAGUGAUAUAGUGCAAGAUAUUGCUUCAAAAGGUCUUAGUUUGGUACACAUUAACAGCAAACAGGAAGAACGCGACGCUUUGGUAUCCACCAUAUUGGAUCAGUUUACACAGGGUCGCAGAACAGUGCAACAAGUUACCGCCGAUACUAAAUUAUUUGAAGAGGGUCAACUGGGAAAAAGUCCGUCUGGUGGCAAUUUGUCAACGUAUCGAGAAAUUUGUUCUCUCGCGACAGAAUUGCAAAAACCUGAACUCGUAUAUUAUUUCAUGCAUUUGGCAAAUCACAAUGCGAUAUGGACAUCCAAGAAGGGAGCGGCAUUUGGUUUUGCGGCAAUCGCCAAUAUUGCGAGAGACGAACUAAAUAAAUAUCUGCCCAAUAUUAUACCACGACUUUAUAGAUAUCAGUUCGAUCCAACGCCGAAAAUCCAGCAGAGUAUGACCAGCAUUUGGCGAGCUGUCGUUCCUUCCACGACGAAAGCCAUCGAACAGUAUCAUAAAGAAAUAUUGAUUGAUGUAACUGAUAAUCUAACGAAUAACGAAUGGAGGGUACGUAUCAGUUGUUGUAAUGCUCUCGCAGAUCUUUUAAGGACAAAUGUUCAAUUCAACUUUGCCGAAUGCGGCCCGGAACUCUGGAAAAAAUUAUUCCGCGUAAUGGAUGAUAUUCACGAAGGCACGCGGUUAGCCGCGACGAACACCACUAAAAUACUUAGUAAAGUUUGUAUACGUCAUUGCGAUUCGUCGCACGGUAACGCGGGGAAAGAAGUUAUUCAAGCGAUAUUGCCCGUAUUACUCGACAUUGGCAUUACUCAUGUUGUGGAUACGGUGAGGUCUAUAUCAUUGCAAACAGUGUCUCAACUCGUGUCCACGGCCGGUGUCCUAUUAAAACCGUCGCUGGUCAAUUUAAUACCGUCAUUAUUGGAAACGAUCGGUGAAUCGGAGAAUCCUAAGCUUUCAUAUCUGAGUAAUGUGUGUGGCGCGACUACAGAGACUCAGGAAGCAAUCGAUAAUCUUAGAGCAAAUGUUGCCAAAGGUCAUUAUGCGUCAGAUACGAUAACAAAGUGUAUCCAAAACAUCGAUGCAGAUGUAUUGAAGGAAUUAAUGCCAAAAGUAAUAGACUUAAUCAAGAGCAGCGUUGGGUUUGGAACCAAAAUUGCCUGUUCGCAUUUUAUAAUACUUCUCAGCACACAUUUAAAAGUAGAAUUGCAACCGUACAGUGCUAAAAUAUUAUCUGCCUUACUUAAUGGUUUGUUGGAUCGUAAUGUUGCUGUGAGAAAAAAUAAUGCGAUUAGCAUUGGGCAUAUAGUUGGUUCAGCUAAAGAUUCUAGUCUGGAUAAAUUAUUUAAUACUUUGAGCACGUGGUAUUUGGAACGCGAAGAUGAUGCAAUAAGAUUAGCAAUUGGGCAAACAUUGCAAUCUAUAAAUAAUUAUAAUCAAGAAAUUAAAAAUUAUCAAAAAAUAGUCAUUCCUCUUGCCUUUUUUGCGAUGCAUGCGGAAAAGGUACCAGGAAACGAAAGUACCGUUGAAUUAUGGACUGAUCUUUGGAACGAAAUAACGCCUGGGACCGAAGCUGGGAUUGUGCAAAAUCUGCGAGUAAUAAUCGAUAUUUUACAUACAGCUUUGGAGUCGGCGUCAUGGACUACAAAAAUGCAAGCGGCGAACGCAGUUCAUACCGUUGCCUUAAAGUCAGGUCAUAAUAUUGAUACGGAAUCUAGGAAUACUUUAUUAAAGAUAUUGACUAAUGGUUUGCGAGGUAGAACAUGGAACGGAAAAGAACGUUUAUUAAAUGCUCUUGCUGUACUAGCAUGCAAUAGCAAAGAAGCUUUAAAUGCAGAUGCUGCAUUAUUAGAUACAAUUGUGGUAACGCUAUAUAGGGAAAGUAAGAAGGAGAACGCGGAAUAUCGUCGAAAUGCACUACAAGCAUUUACUAUGGUCUUGCAUGAACUUGACAUUGAUAGAUUUACGGAAACUUAUGAAAUUGUACAGGAAAUAUUGAUUAAGGUAUCUGAUAAAAAUAAUGAUGAUGAAGAAGAUACCGCAGAAGAAAGUAGGAAGAAAAAAGAAAAUAACAUAAAAUUACAAGAAACCGUUUACGAGGUGCUUGGAAAAGCAUGGCCUUCCACGAAAGAGACUCAAGAUAAAUAUUGCAUAGAAUUUGUGACUCACUGUCAGAAAGUACUGCCAAAUAGCACAAGAUCUGUUCAAGUGGCUAUCUUGACAGCAUUAAAUCUCUUCGUGGAUAAACUUGUCUUAUUAAAGAUAAAUAAAACAGAAAUGCCAUUGAAAGAUAAAAAACUACUAGAUCAAAUAUGUGAUAGUCUUAAUAAAAUAUUAUCGUAUUGUAUAAAUAUUUCGAAGUUUACCAAAAUUAGAAAAGAAGCAUUAAAUAUAGUCCUUUCGUUAGCGAAAAAAAUGCGCGAAACGAAUAACGAUGAACAACUUGACAAAAUAACGCGUCUUUUGAAAGAACUUUUGCCCGAUCUAGCGAAGGAUAACCAACCAGAAAUACGGACCAGAGUAAUUGAUAUUAAGGAAAUGCUUAAAAUUUAACUAGCACAUACAUGCAUUAAGUGUGCACUUGAUAUCACGGAUCGAAUUCAUCCUUCGCACACGUCAAAAUAUGUUGCAUACUAUCGUUGAUGUAUCGAUUGGCAAUCUUGGAGCGAUGAUAACAAAAGAUUGAUAUAGCUAUGGUUUAUUUAAUAAUAUGUUAAAUGUAGAUGUGCCUAAUAUAGUAUUAUAUCCCUUAAUAAGAUGUAAUUUAAAACACAA